AUGGAGCGGAUUUUGCUGCUCUGCUUUCUCCACGGGUUCAAGGCGCGAUCAACAAUGUCGUCGUCGGCUAACACGCAGGCACAUGCAACGCCGCCGCAACAGGGGGACGACGACACGUUUGGCGACUUCCCCCAGCACCUCCAAGACACCGUCACCAGCAACCUCCCCGACCACAAGGUUGCUUCGGUCGUCUACCCCAAGUAUGAGACCAAGGGCGAGCUGGCCCAGAGCACCGAGGCCUUUCUGGGAUGGCUCAAGGAGCGGGUCAUGGACCUGCGCAAGGAGCAUCUCGACAAGCCGUGGCCGCCGAAUGACCGCAGAGUCGGUGUUGUCCUCGUAGCGCACUCGAUGGGCGGCUUCGUGGCCAGCGACUGCCUGUUCCGCAUCCUCGACGAGCGACGCCGCGACGGCAGCGCGCCGGGCCCCAUGUUCCCGCUCAUCCAGGGCGUCCUCGCCUUCGACACGCCGUACAACGGGCUCGCGCGGUCCAUGUUCGUCUACGGCGCCUUCUCCAACUACCAAAAAGUCAGCAACGUGUUCAACGUCAUGACGGCGCUGUCGGCGGCCGCGCCCGCUGGGCUGGCGCGCCUGGCGGCGAAGCGCACCGCCGCCGCCAGCGCCGCCACCCGCCGCACGUCCAGCCCCGCCUGGAAGGCAUGGCAGCUGAUCGCGGUGCGCACGGGGACGGUCGGCGCCAUCGCGGCCGGCGGCGUCGCGGCGUACAUGCACCGGCGGCAGAUCCUCGACGGCGUGCGCAGCGUGCGCGGGCUCAAGCGCGAGCACGUCGUGCAGGGCUACCAGCAGUCGGUCGACGCGCUGGGCCAGGGGCUCGCGUACGUCAACCGCGGCAACGUCGGCGCGUCCUUUGCCUGGCUGGCCGACCACUUCACCUUUGUCGGCGCCCUGCUCAAGCAGAACGAGCUCAACCGCCGCCUCGAGCGGCUGGCGUCGCUGCGCGGGGUCGGCGUGCGCGAUUUCUACGCGUCCCUGGGCGAGAACGGCGUCUGGAGCGGCGGCUACUUUGUACCCGAGCGCACGUUCUGCGCGGUGCCCGUCUCCGCCCCUGGCGGGGAUAACAGCGAGCAGGCGGCGCGCGAGGCCGCGCUGUUCAGCCGCCAUGUCAUCCCGGACGCGACCGACGAGAUCGUCGCGCACAUGAGCCUGUUCAAGCCGGACCGCAACGCCGACUACGAGCGCAUGACCAGCGAGGCGGCGCAGCUGGUGGUCGCGUGGUUUGGCGACGACGCGGACGUGUACGACGACCCCAAGUUCGCCGAGCCUGCGCCCGCCGAGUCGGCCGAGACCGAGAUCCUCGCCAAGGCCGCUGGCGAGGGCAGCGCGAGCACCGAAGCCGGCGAGACGGAGGCUGUGCCAGGUGCUGGCGUCGACGAGUCGCCCAUCGACAUUGCCGCCGCAGCCUCGCUGGUGCCCCUGCCCGAUUGUAGCAGCGGGGACCUGGUUGGUGAUGGCGAUGGCGACGAUGACGACGAGCAGCGAAAAGACGACGCCGACGCCGACGCCGACGCCGAGAAGCAGAGACAGGCGUACCUCGCGCACCUCCUCGCUAUUGCUCAGUCCACGGGCACCAACCUGCGCUCGUACCUGCCGCCGCUCCCGGCCGGCGUCGCCAGGGUGUCGCUGCCCAGCGUCAGCAUGCCGAGUAUGCCCAGUAUACCGAGUAUGCCGGCCAUGCCGAGCAUAUCCAUACCUAGAGUCGGCAGUCUGUUUUCGAGGAAGGCGCCGGUGUCUUCUGAGACGGCACCCGAGCCCGCUGCUGCUGCUAGUACCUCGUCGGCUACGACUGCUCCUGCCGAUGCUUCCUCGGCCACACCAACAGAUAAUGCCGCUGCUGGCGGGGAGCAAGACAAGAACGAAGAUGGUGAUGGUGAUGAAGCCAAGCCGGACGUCAAUGCUGCCGCGACCGCCGAUGCUGCCACUGCUGCUCCCAGCUAG